GGGUUUACUUUUGCAUUAUCAUAUAUUUAAAAAUAUGGGGAUGCACCAAAUAUUCACAGAUUCUUCCCCCCUCAAUUAAUUAAGGUCAGUACCCUCUCUUUUAUAAUAACCGUACCCACGGAAUUAAUUUUGUGGGAUUGGAUGGUUUUGAUUCAGCAGGUGGGUUGGUGAAUGAUGAAAUUCGAAGACUUGCUGAGCGACGAGAAAGAGAAAAGAUUAAUUCUUGAAGAAGAGGUUCAUAAUUAAUACUACAGCAGGUUGAAGAACUUGGACAAGAAUUAGAUGGGCAACUUCAACUGAAAACAGUUCUGCAGUGUGCGUUACAAGGACCUGUUCGCUCUUGUCCCUGCGCCUCUUCCCUCCCCCGCAGGGUUCAACAUCUGCUUGAAGAAGUGGUUAUGGCGGAGGAAGAGAUUGUUUGGCUGGAGAGGAAAGUAAACGUGCUGAAGCUGAAGCUGUACAGAGAGAAAGAGUUGGCUGAAAGAUGGGAAAUGCUGCAGCUCAAACAAGUAAUUUCAAACCCAACAUUACCUCCGCGACCGCCACCAGUCAAAGAUAUUGAAUCACAAAACUAUCAACAACUCAGAAAACAAUAUAGAAUUCGAAGAGCCUCUGCCUUGGACUUCCACACCAUUUCUUCUGAGGAAAUCGCUGAGAGUAGUUCCAGAGGUUCGAGAAGCCGCAGACACCAUAGCCAACCAGAUAUGGAAAUAGAAAAAGAGAAGCCAAAUAAGCUGUCGGAAGAAGUAAUUAAAUGCUUAAUAAGUGUAUAUCUCAAGUUGAACAAAGCAUCACUGGAGAGCAAAGGUUCAUCUACUGCUAUUGUCAAACAGUCUCUAAUUUCCUCCAAGAAACCCAAAAGCAGCUUCAUAUGCAAAACCUCAUUAAAUUGUACGACAGCAGCAGCAGCAGCACCCACGUUUACAUUCAAUGAUUACGCGUCAAAUCUUGAUCCUUACGGGAUAUUGCUAGACACUGAUGGAAGUCAAAGAGAGAUUGGAUCAUAUAAGAAUUUCAUCCAAGUCUCAAGAACUUCUCUCAACACAAGCCAUAUAUCUGAAUGUCUUCCGGAGAUGGGAAAGUUGAGGUACUUUUCAAGAUUACUUCAUCAUUCUCGUCAACCCUACUACAUCAUUCUUUGUUUGAAAUUUUAUAGGUCUAUGGUGCAUAAACUUAGCAGUGUGGACAUAACUUACUUGACCUACAAGCAGAAGUUGGCAUUCUGGAUCAAUGUCUAUAACGUCUGCAUAAUGCAUGCAUUUCUGCAACACGGUUUGCCCUCUACAGAGGAGGAACAGCUGUGUCUCGUGAAUAAGGCUGCGAUUAAUGUUGGUGGUAUUGUACUUAAUGCAUUGGCCAUCGAGCACUUCAUCCUCAGGCAUCCAAGAGACGCUGAACAUGGUUUGACAGAUGAUAAAGAAAGAGUAUUGAGGAAUACUUAUGGUCUCGGGUAUCCAGAACCUAAUGUCACGUUUUCUCUAUGUCGAGGAAGCUGGUCUUCACCAGCACUAAGGAUCUACACACCAGAUGAAGUUGUUAAUGAAUUGGAGAGAGCGAAAGUGGAGUACUUGGAGGCUUCGGUGGGAGUGACAAGUAAGAAGAAGAUAGUGGUUCCCAAGCUCAUGCAAUGGCACAUGAAAGACUUUGCCGAUGAUAUGGAAUCACUUGUAGAAUGGAUAUACAGCCAAUUGCCAAACUCUUGCUCUCUGAAAAGGUCAAUGAUGGAUUGCCUAAGCGGGGAAACGAAAUGUCCACUUGCUAAGAUGAUAGAGGUUCAACCUUAUGCCUCAGAAUUCCGAUACUUACUGCCCUUAUAAUUGACAGAUAUACUAAUAAACUCAAAGAAGUAACGACCACUUUUUCUGCGUAUGCUGCCAAUAUUUUUUAGUUUCAACUUCAGUUUCCAUUAUACAUUGUCUCACGAGUCACAACCACCUGUUCCACAAUUCCCACUCAACGAUAUUUGUCAAGAGGGCUUUGGCUUGUCUGUUCGGGUUGAGAACUUGGCUAAUGUAUCAAGUUUAACCCUAGGGGAAAGCAA